AAAGCCACAAAGGAUUCAACUCGAGUACCUCUUUCAAAUUUGCCAUUUUUAAUCACAGAAAGGAUCAAAAUCAUCGUUUUCUCGGCAAAACAAACGAGAAAAUACGAUAAAAUCAUAUCUUUUAUCUCUCUCUCUCUCUAUUUCGUGUUCGUGUUGGAUGCAGAAACAGCUAUCUUUGAAGCAAUCUAGCACGCCGUUUUCCUGAAUAAGCGGUCCUGUCACCCUCGAAUCAAGCGUUCCUAAUCGCUGUAGAUCGAUCUGCGAUCCGACCCCGGGAAUUUCUUCUCUAAUCCUUUCGGGUUUGCAAAAAGAUUGCAUCUUUCUUGGCGUCUUCUACUUCAAAGUCUGUGCCGCUCCUGUUCCCCAAUCCAAAAUCCAAACUUGAAGUCUCCUGAUGAUCGCACGGAUUGAGUUUUUGGGGAUGAGAAUUAUAUCGAGCAGGGUUGAACUGAAAUUGGCAUCAACAAAGCCAUGAAGUUCAAACAAGGUGAUGAGGUGGAGGUCUUAAGAAGAAACAAGGAAACCUAUGCCUCUUGGUUUCCUUCAAUAAUUUUAUCAGUGCUUGUUAAUAAGUAUUCAGUAACAUACAAACUGUUUGUAUCUCCUCAAGGAAAGCCCAUUGUAGAAACAGUGGAUGUCAAAGAUGUCAGGCCCUGCCCACCAAUUGUUCCUUACAACCAGGAUUGGCGCGUCGGCGAUGUUGCUGAGGUUCUUGAUACACAUUCUUGGAAGGUAGCAAGGAUCGUUAAGAUUGUCAAGAACAAAUACGUCGUUGCCAAAAUCUUUGGCUCUAUACAGCUGAAAAGAUUUUCCAUCUAUGAUGCAGCAAGGGUUUCACAGGCUUGGCAGAACAACAAUUGGUUUGAUAAGGUUGGAAGUGAGAGGCAUUAUGGUUGUGGUUUUAUGUCUUCGAGCGCCAAACAGUCAGUCAAAUUGGAGGAUGGAACACAUGAAGCAGCUUUAAUGACACAGAAACUUGACAAAAAACACCCAGAAGAUUUCAAGGAACAGCAGUCCAGCAGAAAAAUGUUUUGCGGCAUUUCCACUCAGACAGCUUUAAAAGGAGACCUCAAAAUCAUCUGCAUCUCGAGUUCUGAUCAUGAGCCUAGGGGUACCAGUAGGAAAAGGAAGGAUAGCUUGGAAGCUGAUGACUGUGAUCUGCUUAACAGAAGAACUUGGGAGCCUGAAUUCAGCAAGGCCAGAAGAAAGAUCAAAACUCAUAAGAUGUUACCAGAUGAGAGAAUACCAAUGCCAGCUGUUGAAGAGACUGAUGAAUGUUCGGUCGCUAGCUGUAGCGGUAAUGGCACACCGGAAAGUUAUCUUUGGCAAAUGAGAAGACAUUCUAGGAAUGCUUCCAGGAAAUCUAUGCAUAUCGAGUAUUCAAGUCCUCAUGAAGAUGGGAGAAAACAUCAAAGCAUUUCCGAAGAGAAGUUAGCUUCCAACAUCCAUAAAUUAGAGCUGAAUGCGUAUAGAUCAACUCUGCAAGCUCUGUAUGCAUCGGGGCCUUUGAGUUGGGAGCAGGAGUCACUGCUAACAAAUCUUCGGCUCUCGCUCAAUAUAUCGAAUGAAGAACAUUCAGUCCAACUGAAGCAGCUAUUGUCUGUGUAAGUUGCUCGAAUGCCAACUAGUUGCCUUGUCGAUAUCUAAUCUUAGGGAUAUUCCAACUUCUAGAAAAUCUCAUGAAGUCCAUCCAUCUUGUGUGGCAUUUCUUGCUCAGAAAGAGUUGUAGUUCAGUUUGAUUCAGCAAUGCUCUGAAAUUUCUGGAUAGGUUUGUUCAUGUUCUGUUGUAGAAGUAAACUUUUGGAUCGUUUUCAAUAAUGUUCUUCCUAUCUAUAAA